CAAUACUAUACUACUGUGUUUUUCCGCUGUUGGCAGAUACUAGUAAACGGAACCAAUUCCCCGCCCCAUCUGUUUGGCAAUAUCCACUGCGUACGUUCUUGCGUACUACUACUGUACUAGUAUUCAGCAGGCCCCAGGGAGAUAAUUCAAUUCAUGAAGUUACUAUUGGGUAACAUAUGCGCAGCGGAAGGUCGCCGGAGAAAAGCCGCUUUAGAAAAACAUCAGCGUUGGUGAACUGAUAAACAAAAAGUGAUGGCGUCUUUGCCCAGUAGAGCCGAGGGUCUUCAGCGCUCUGUUAGUCAACGGGACAGUGCGGCGGAUGCCGGAGACAUGGCCGGGGCGAGGUACAUCGCCAUUGAGGGGAAUCUCAAGAAGAACAAGAGCGGACAUUUGCGUUACGCCGUGCUCUGGUCUGAGGACACGAUCAAUGGCUUUCCACCGCGAAUGGAGUUCUUCGCCGACAAGCGCCUGUUCCAGAAGAGAAAAACACCGAAACGUGUCAUCUCCAUCGCUGACAUGAUGGCCGUGGCUCACGCUGAUAGAAACGAUAUGGAUAGCCACCUAAAGCAGUCAUCAUCGUCACCACCUUCAUCUCCCGGCUCCAUGACCCUGCCAUCAUCGCUCUCACAGUACAAACGUGAGCCGGCAUACUUUGGCUUUGUCAUCCUGCUGAGGAAUAACAAUGGUAGCUCGACCGACACGGCCAUUCCACUCGGAUGCGAGAAACGUUCGGACUGCGACGCGUGGAUGACGUUGCUGCGAGAGUUCAUCACCGGCACUCCCAACGCGCAGCGACUUGAUCUUGAUCGAUUGUGGCAUGGACUAAGGCUGUCACCACAGGAUAUAGGCAAGAAGAUCAUCUCCGCUCACGGCUUUUCCGACUCACCUUGCAGCUUUGGUUUCAACUCCAAGCAAGUUGUGCUCAUUCGCCCGCAACAAGCGCAGCCAUUCUUCGUCUGCCAAAUCAACCAGCUCAGAAACUGUGGAGCUAGACAAAGUCGUCUCUACCUUCACUGUGGCCGACAUUGCCCGCAUGGAGAGGGGCGCAUGUUCCUGGAGGACAGCCAGGUCAGCGCUAGGUCAGACCGUGAUGGUGCUCUCGCCGAGGAGAUGCGGGCAGCACUCUAUGACGAGAUGUUGAGGGGCGCUGGCAGGAAGACCCAGCAAAUCAGCGGCAGCACUAGCAGCAACACCAGCGUGACUAACACUAGCAGCAGUCACAGUACUAGGUAUGCCCCCAAGCCAGGCAGCCACCACACCAUGAGCAGCUCCAUGCCCGCCGGACAGACGUAUCAAAACAUCCGUCAGGCGGUCACGCUACCACGACAGCCGUCGGAUCCUGCAGCCAUGCGGCAUUUUCCCGCAGUGACCGGUGUGCCAAUGCAGAAUGCAUACAGGCAUGGUCACAGUGCGGGUACAACAGCGGCAGGGUAUCACCAGGAGCAGACACACACUACCCACGCCAUGAGUCAUUCACCGUUGACUGGCCAUCCAGCGAGUCACGCGUAUAUCAACAUGGACUCUCCCACCGACAGUGAGCGCAUUAGCUUUGUCCGCUCCGUCUCCAAUCCGUGCGGCAUCAGUCCAUCGAACCUCGCCAGCAAGCCGUUCACGGAACCUUCAUCAUCCUCAGCCCCGCCGCCCCUGCCAAGCAAGCCUAAACCGCAGCCUGCACCAACUACCAGCCUGAUUGUCGGUAGCAGUUCCUUGGGUAUGUCUCACAGCAUACCCAUUGGCAUUGCGAGCAGAUCUGAGGCUCCGGACUUGAAGCAACAGAUGUCCGACUCGGUCGUAUCGUACGAGAAUGCGUCAGAUCAUUUGAGUGUACGGUCCGUCUCAGGCUCGGUCAGCAGUAGAUCGCCGAGCCAGGAAUAUAGACCCCGUGCAGGCGCCAUCUCACAUUCACUGCGCUCCUCCACGGAAAGAUUCCAGCGUUCCGACUCCACCUCCACUUGGGACAGUCAGGAUCUGGCGCCUGGUGGCAGUCGCAAAUCUUCCGACACGUCAACAAGAUCUGAUGCGUCUGCGCAGUUGCCGUACGACAGCCGAGAAAUGAUACUGCAGGGAAGGAAACUCCACCGGCGCCUCUCGUCAUCCUGCGGUGACUUGCUAGAUGUGUCGCUGGAUGAGCUCAGUCUUCUGGAGAAAAGCAUGCCUUCGGCGUCGGGGUCUGAUUGUGAUACGCUCCGUGGGCAGAGUGACACUUCUGCUGAUGGGCAAUAUGCUAUACUCUCGUCCAGUGUGAAGGACAUCCCAGUGAUCGCCGGUUCAAGGGUACACUCGCCGGUAGUCUCUGCCGUCGGCGCGGGGAAGCAGAUAAACGAGGUGAGCGCAACGUACGAGGUGAUGGGCCCGAGUGCGAGCAGGAACGUGCAGCGCUCGGCCACCGUCCUCGUCUCACCAUCCAGCAGUGAAUCCAGUCAGACACACUCAGGCACAGGCACGCUGACAAGACAGGACAGGUCGCGACCGUCACGAUCGCACACGCUACCCAUCUCCACAAGCCCAUUGCCAUCGUCCGAAGCGGAAGAGCAAUACGAAACAAUGGGGCCACCGGCAGCGUCUUACAAGAAAUCGAAAUCUCAACCGGCGACCAGCUCAGCAGAAGACGACAGGCUUCUUCUCGUGCAGCCAGUGCGCCCAAAGCAAUCACCACAGAUAGGCAAGAAAGCAAUAGGAAAUACGCCCGUGGAACGGCAACCAGCUCUGUCACAAUCAGUCCCUAAGGACCAAUCCGAUGAGUACAUGGUCAUGAAUGUGAAAGCCGCUACUGUCAGUGCUCCAGAGGAGCAUGGAAGAGCGAAACAGACAACGCCCGAGCAAUCAUCGCAAGGCGCAUACGAGGAGAUGAGUUUACCUCGGGGCAUGCAAGCAGAUGUGAAGCAAACACCAGCGGUGGAACCAUCCCAAGCAGCGCGUGCAGCAGAGAUAAGCCGCACAGGGGUCGACUAUGUGGAGAUGAGGCAUCCGUCGACAGCAACUGAGUAUGUGCAAAUGAGGCAUCCCUCAGCAUCGCAGGCAAGCUCCGAUCAGGACCAGUAUGUCACAAUGAACUCUGACAAGGAGCCGAGUGCGCGGGAAGUUGAUCCAAAGAAGGAAGACCAGUAUAUGACAAUGAAUGACUCCGAGCUGAAAAAGCAGGCAGUUGAUCCAAAGAAGGAAGACCAGUAUAUCACAAUGAACAGCACAGAGCAGAGUGCGCAGGCAGUUGAUCCAAAGAAGGAAGACCAGUAUAUCACAAUGAACAACACAGAGCGGAGUGCGCAGGCAGUUGAUCCAAAGAAGGAAGACCAGUAUGUCACAAUGAACAACACAGAGCGGAGUGCGCAGGCAGUUGAUCCAAAGAAGGAAGACCAGUAUGUCACAAUGAACAACACAGAGCCGAGUGCUCAGGCAGUUGAUCCGAAGAAAGAAGACCAGUAUGUAAACAUGAAGCGAGACCCACAGGAGGAAAACGUACCUAAGGCAGCAGCAGAGAAUCCCACUCAGAACAAACCUGAUCCUGCCGAGGUCAAUAACAACAGUGAAACAGAUUUGGACAGCACACUUGUUCUUGAUACCAGCACAGAAGGCAAUGAAGAGCCUGUUCCGCCGCCAAUCCCGGUGAAACAGCGACGCAGAACUUUAACAAUGGAUAGCUCUGGUGAAUGGCAAGCGUCGUCUCAGGCGCGUCAUAGCAAGCGCAGUGACUCCUCGCACGUUAGCCUUCACUCACAACACAGCGUGUCUUCUAGCGUGGGCUCGGUUGGUGGUGAUGUCGUGCUUCAUCCGGACGACGCCAUCACGACACGAUCGAGAUCGUCCACAGGUAGCGGGCGGCUGUAUGCCAUGGGUGCAGGUGCAGCCGCCGCAGCAGCACAGGAUGUAGCGUUGAGGAGCCCAUCGAGCACUUCCUUACCCCACAGCUGCGGGUAUGAGUUCUGCACGACGUGUUUGUCUCGCGCCAGCCCCGCCAGUCCACUAGAAAGCAGUCCCGUAGCUCAAGGCAAUCACAGUGAGGUUGUCCAGCGGCAGCACGCAGCCGCCAGCGUCCAUGGGACGCCGCUGCGAUCGGUCUCCGGGCUAGAUUUCACCGAGCUGCAACCGGUGGGCGUGGUCCUUCAGAAGUUCGAAAGCAUAUCGCGUCAGCACUCCGAUCAAAACACUAUGGUGCACAGCUCAUCGAGCGGUGGCUCUGGACAGCAUCUCUACCACCAGGGAUCGUCGGGUAGCGGCAGCAUGAACGCCCACACAUCCGGCAGCCACUCAUCCUCGUCCGGUAGUAGUGCGCUAAGUUCGGCAUCAGGGCACCAUGCUAUUGAUUAUGCUGCGUCAAGAUUUCAGCACCACCGCUACGAGGAUGUGCUGCCGGUUGGAAGCGAUCGCGCGUCGCCCGCUCUUGUCAGCUCGAAGAGCACGAUAUCGGGACCGAUUCCGAUAGGGUCUGGGUCGUCGGGAAAGCAUCAAUCAUCAGUGUUGGCAGAUGCCACGGGAGAAAAUUCUCUAUCGUGGGCGCCCGGUGGAAUGGCUAGCUCCGAUGGCCUGUUUACGAUCGACCUCUGGUCUACACCUGAACAGCAAGCGCCAGGAGCAGUAUUACGGAAUCCCUACGAAAAUGCCAUGAUCCGUGCUCCGCCGACUGAAGCCACAGCAGUGAAGCUGCACAGACAGGCAUCGCGGCACGGUCGAUACUUCUCACCGGAUAUGACGUUGGAUUUUGUUGGGGAGCAAGAAAUGGAGAGUGUGGAUAGCGGCUUUGGUUCUCGCUCAGCCAAGGCACACAAGCGAUCCCUGGAUCGGUCCGGCAGUGAUAUUUCUAGCAGCACAUCACCCCAGAGCGAGGCAACUGAACGUCUCCUCUAUCAGAAAGUUGCUUUUGGUGAAGCCAAAACGCCAGGCUCAACAUCUGGACAGAAAGAAUCUACAAACUACCAAGUGGUGAGUCCCGACAAGACGCAAGCUCUGCACAGGGCCAUCAAGCAGACGCAGGAAGACCGAGAGCUGUCGCCACCACCACCCUGACCCCAGGCUACAAUACGUGAUCAAGUCCCGACUCAAUCAGCCGGUACUUUCGGUAGUAUGUUACGGAUUGACAGGGUUGGAAACUACAACAGCCUGCACCAGACUGGUCAUGAAUCGAAACAAAAAAUUAAUGAUUUCAAUGAAAAGGAAUUGGUAAAAGCUGCACCAAUGGUACUGAUUAUGAAGUCAGUGGAACAUGUUUUACUUGUAUAAGGAACGUUUCAGUCAUAUUUAGGAGCCCCUCAGCUGACAGUCAUUUAUGUUAGCCUCACUUAUAAGCCUGAGGUUGUCUUGUGAUGUCAUUAAGAUGUCAUUGUGAUGUCAUUGUGUAAUCAUGGUAACUACUGGUCACGAUUACUCCGCUUCUCUUCACUAUUAAAGUCGUAGCUGAGCUCUGGGAGUUUGACCUACCGAGUCAACCUUCAGUCAUGCUACUCUAUCCAAGCACGCAUGUGCAUGUACUGUAGCUGUCGAGCAGCACAUCCACUGAUGUCAGCGACUCCUGAUGUUUACCUGCUUCAGGUCAGCAAUACACUACGACCAGUCAGUUUUUAAUCAUUUAAAAUUUUAAUCAAUAAUUAUGUUUGCAGUAUCAUCCUGGCAUAGUACUCAUCUCAAUCUCUCUCCAGUGUUGAUUCCUCAAGUUCUGUAUGCGACCAGUGUUAUGCACAGUUAUAAUUAUGUUUUCAAGGAAUCAUCUUUUCACCAUCAACCAAUAUCCUUUUUUAUUCUAUUUUUAGAUUUUUGAGUUUUCUUUAACAGUUUUUUAACGACUUUUGAAAUUGCAUUGCCUCCAGUGUUUUCAUGCUUUAUAGAUAUUGUAAUUCUGGAUUGGAAAGUGCCCCUGCUCGUCUAAUGGUGGAACUUUA